UUGUCUGUGAGAAAAACCAUGUGGAACCCCAGAAACAACCCAGUUCCCCAGGUCUUCAUCGAGGUCCUUCUCAAUGAGGAGGAAGCCAUCGAGUAUAUGAAGAGGUUGGGGAACAAGAUGACUGGGAUGUAUCUGUCAUGGGGGGACCUGUCGGAGUUGCUGGUAGAGCCUGCGGAGGUGUCUGGGUCACCUGCUCCGGCUCCGGUUGCAGCUCCAGUGGCUGCUCCGGAGGCUGUACCAGGCCCCGCACCCCGCAGAGUGGAACGGUCACCUGCUCCGGCUCCGGCUGCAGCUCCAGUGGCUGCUCCGGAGGCUGUACCAGGCCCUGCACCCCGCAGAGUGGAAGGGUCACCUGCUCUGGCUCCGGCUGCAGCUCCAGUGGCUGCUCCGGAGGCUGUACCAGGCCCCGCACCCCGCAGAGUGGAAGCUUCUAUACAAAUUAUAGAAGGCAUCAAAAAUAUUGCAAUAUACAGACAACUAUUAGAAACUGUGUAUUGUAGGAUUUUACUAUUGAACAGACGCAAGCCUGGUGAACUUCAAAGAAUCACACUGCACGACUAUUUACAAAGUGAUAAUAAUGCAUCUGAUAAGUAUGAUGAAUGUUGA